AUACAGUAUGUUGUGUCAAAAGCUAAGAUUUUACAAUAAAUUCGUUCGCUGUAAAAAGGAAACCGGAAAAUGCAACUUUAAUUUCAGCAUAACAUGUCAUAUCAUAUGAGAAAUGUCAGAGACGACAAGAGGAUUAUUUAAGUGUUCAACAUGUGGAAAAGGAAAAACUUCAAAUGCAAAAAGAUAUGGACUGGUAAUGAUUACGCUCUCAGACAGACAUACCUACAAAGACCUCCGUCUGAACAAACCGUAAAACAUUUAACACUGGAACGACAAAAAGCAUCAAACAAACCUACUUUUGGGAAGAUAGCUGAAGAAGACGAAAUUACAGAAGAUCCAGAAAUUAACGAAUCUAAAACAAAAGAAAACAUUACAGAAAACUACGAUGAUCUUGAUGGUAUUAAAAAUCAAAAGACAAAAUCUGUUGCAUGCAUUGAAUGUGUAAAACCCAUACGAGUUUUCAAAAGAACAGAAAUAAAUAUAGGGGAUCAUAUCAAAUUCCAUGGGCGAAUAUAUGACCACCAUGCAAUUGUGGUCCAUGUAAAACAUUGUGAAGAAAAAGAAAAUAAAGUAGUCGUGAAAUUGGUGAAUGCAACAAACACGAUAGUUGGUGCAAUAUAUGGUACCAUUCGGCCAGGUGCUAGCGUAGCAAAAAUACUACACGAAACGAAAAAAAUAGAUUUAGAUAAGAUUAAAGUGAUGGUUUAUAAAUAUUCGAAUACAAUUACACAUUCCUUGCCCGAAGAGAUCAUCAAUAGAGCAGUGACGGCGAAAUCUGACCCUGAUUACCAUUACAGCUUGCUAAAUAAUAACUGCGAGCAUUUCACAACAUGGUGUGUUACAGGAGAGAAACUUAGCUUACAAGUUCGAAAAAUAAGAAUGGUAGUGCAACUUUUUGCAAGGCAACGAUUUCAAGGUAUCGGCGACGAAGUUCUUCGAAAUAAAGUUGAAUAUGAAAGGGGAAUGCUCUGUAAACCGUGUUUCGAUAGAAAUCAAAAAUUGUUAAGUGUUGCAAAAGAACCAAUUAAAUCAAAAGAUGACAUUGGGAUCGGUGAUAUUAUAACAUACAAAUAUUACAGAUGUUUGCAUUCUGCUGUCGUACUUGAAAUUGAAUCACACGACAGGUCUCUACAGUGCAAAAUAGCUCAUUAUGCAUUUCGUGGUUUACAUAGGCAUAGAAAAAUUCGGGAGGAUACAUUAAUAAUUCCGUUUGAUGGAAGUGUAAAAGUGACGGAUUUUUCCAACACCGAUUAUAAUGUAUACGCUCCAGAGGAGGUCGUGGAUAGGGCCCGAAGUAGGUUUGGCGAAAAACGUUAUGAAUAUUUCGCAAAUGAUUCAAGUCAUUUUGCUCGAUGGUGUAAACUUAAACUGUACAGAAAUCUAGAUUGAUCGAUAUAAACAGCUCUAUAGUAGUCGAGAAUGCAAAACGUAUGCCUGAAACUUGUCUUUUUACAAAUAUUUGCUUUGUAGUUAGUUACAUGAUAUACGUGAUCAGAUAUGCCAUUCUCAAACAAAAUUAAAGCAUCGCUGAAUGAACUCUGAACUUAAUUUCAAUCCCCAAUUAUAUUACUAGUAGUUGAAACAAACUUAUAGGUAGAUCAAAUAUUUUUUCGAUACUAAAAUUUGAUAUUUAAAAUCUGUCAGUAGUGUAUUAGAAGAAUUGUUUUACCUUAUUAUGUGUGAAUUUUUUUAACCCUUCA